UACCAAGAGCGGUAACCCCUCGAGCUACACUCGGGAUUACCAUGCGGCAUUGCUCAGGGAGUCCCUGCAGCAGCUUACCUUGUCCUUCGCUCCCACGAUGUGUCCCCUGCAGCGUCCCCGGCCAUCUCCUCCGGCUGAUGCCGGCAUCCGGCUUCCGUGUUCCGGUCCCUGUGACGUCGGGACGUACGGGCACUGGAACCGGCGGCAAACUUGAAAUUUUUAAAAAAUGAUUAUUACAUAGUAAAACAUUGCUGUUUCAAUUCUGCUUUGUCCUGUCCCCUGCCUGCAUUUUUACUGUUCUUUUUG